AUGUUCAGAAAAAUCAAUAAUGUGUUCCGUCCCAACCAUCACGGACACAGAGGGCGGGAUGGUGGCGGUGGUGGGUUUCGGUCAGAGCAGGACUAUCACAACGCCUGCACCGUCAGGCUGGUCCGCAGUACCUCCAUGCUCGUGGUGGGAGAGAAAAGUCAAGCAGCCGCGGGCUCAGCAACUUUAAAACGAAGCAAAAGCACAGUGAGCAUCGAGUCGACCUUGUACUACUAUCAGAGACAAGAGGACAGGAUAUGGCUCUACUCUCAGAACCAGAACUGCCUGGAGUACCUGGAAGCACUUGUGGCUUUGAGGCGGCGGUACACAGAGAGUGUGAGUGACCUGAAAAGUAACGACAUCAAGGCCACGGUGUCCUCCAGGAAGAAGCCUGCACCUCCGCCGCCUGAUAAGGAAGAACCGAUACGAAGAGCCAAACCCUCUGCUCCCCCAGUCUCCAGCGAGGAGGACACUUUGCAGUUCUUUGAUGCGGUCAUCGCCAGCUGCGACAACGAGCCUCUGCGCAAACCUUACCUGGACGAUGGACACGCAGACGUGGAUUUCAUAGUGGCCUCCAGCUCAGCUGAACACGACCUCCACUCCAAUUGGGUCUUGCGAGUUCCUCGGGUCGGGGAUGACUCCAAGCAGGAAGUGGUUAGGAACUGUGCCAAUGAAAGUGCCCCGAAGAAGAAAAACCAAAGCGGGUCCACAAGCAGCAGACUGCGACUUCAGAGGAACCCGAUCCACCUGCCCAAAGUGGUGGAGAGCGCGUUCCAGACUCUGCGCUUCAAGCCCAAAUUAAAAAAGCAGUGAAGCUUGUUGGACAUUUGAAACCAGCAGCACUGCCACACUGCUGACGUAGAGCUCAAUCGAGUAUGUUUGAACAGACACCAUGCUCUGGAAAAAAUCCCUCCGGACAUUUAAUAUAUACAUAAAAACAAUUAAGCCUAAUUUUAAUAAAGCAAAUGAAAAUGAAACCUC